ACAAAAGUGAGAGAGAGUGCGUUCCGCGAAGUCGACCAGACCAGAAGGCCAAGGGAGACGAAAAAAAAAACGUUUUUUCUUUUUUGCUCGGUUUGCUUUCAUGAUUGUAUUUUGACCCGUCUCAAAGAAAGCGCGGAAUCUCCCUCGGUAACUAUUCGGUGCGUGCGUGGGACGGAACGGAACCUGUGUUGUUGCGCGUUGGGGUUUUGAAAGCGGCCAGCAAUCGUGAGCAUCAUUCGGAAGAACAAUCUCGAGGGCCAUGUCGGACACGGAUAACGCCGCGGUAGCCACGGAAGCUGCCGCCGUAGCGCCGGAGGUGGAAGCGACACCAGCGGUCGCCGAGAAGGUGGAAGAAGUCAAAGAAGACGCUCCGGCGGAAGUUGAAGCCAAAACGCCGACCAAGCGUACACCGUCGAAGCGCAAGGAUGCAUUCCAGAAGGAAAGCGAAGAGCUGCUGAAGAACAUGGGCAUCGACCCGGCGGAGGAGGGCGGUCGCCGGCGCACCCGUGCUAGCACACGUGGCGUAUCGACGCCGUCGACACCGGCCACACCGCCGGCCAAGAAGGGCCGUGCGGCGGCCACUCCGUCGCGGCGUGGCCGAGGGAAGCGGGACCACGAGGACGACGAGGACGAAAAGUCCCCGGAGGUGGAGACCAAAACCCCGAAGAAGCGUGGCCGGCCCGGCAAGGAUAAGGUAGUUGAAGAGGAGGAGAAGGACAACGGAGCGGACGCCGAAGAGGCUGCAGAGGACGCCAAAAAGGACGAGGAAGCGAAGGCCGACGACAAGAACGACGAAGUGCAUGACGACAAGAAGGAGGACAAGAAAGAGGGCGACGCUGUGGAUGGGCUUGUGAACAGCACCCCCAAGGAAGAAACCAAACCGGAAGUCGAGAAGGCGGAGAAAGCGGCCCCGGAAAAGAUGGACGUCGACGAGUCGGAAAAACCCGCUGCCGAGGAAGCCGCCGCCAAACCCGCAGAAGAAAAGACCGAAGACAAAGCGGAAGAACCGGCGUCGACGACGACGGAAGAGCCUGCUGCUGAAGUGGCCGCUGAAGAAACGCCCGCAGCCAAACCCACAGAAGAGGAACCCGCGAAACCUGCUGCGGAGGAAGCACCGGCCAAGCCUGCAGAACCGGAACCCGUCGCGGAGGAGAAGAAGACGAACGACGUCAGUAGCACCAAGGCGGAGGAAGCACCCAAGACGAACGACGUCGCCGCCGCUCCUGUGGAGAACAACGUGGCGGAGACCAAGAUCGAGACUACCGCAGAACCCAAGAUUGUCCCGGCGGAGACGGCAACCGUUGAACCGACGGCGGCACAGUAAACGAGGCGUUUGAAGAGAGAGUAUCGACACACCGUUGAUCAUCAACACACACACAUUUCCUUCACGCAAACCUGAUUUUGUCCCGCCCGCCCUUCCCUUCCGGCAGACCUGCAUUUUUUCUGUACUCUUCUUCAUUGACAACAACAUUUCGCGCGAAAAAUUUGCGCGUGAUUGGUUGGCGAUCGGCGUUGGUACUUGCAGUGCGUCAAGUACGCCCCCCCUCCUCUUCUUCUUCUUGGCACAUGUUGAGCUUGCAAGCUCUUUCUUCGAAUGGUUUUACCCAUUUCAUUUUGUUUUACACAAUUGGACAAAUUGCUAACUCAACCCCACCCCUCAAGAAUGGAAAAAAAAACAAAAAUAAAACGAGAGGUUAUUUGGAGGAAGAUGUAAAAUAUAUACACCUGAAACAGAUUUAUUCAAUAGUAAGUAAACAAACAGAUCGAUAGAAUUAGGCAAUGUGAAUGUUCUUUAUUUCCGUUUUCCGCAACUGAAAUAUACGAACAAGUUCGAGAUAGGCACGUUUAAGAACAACCCGGAACAGCAGCAACCGUUUGAAUGUAGCAAAAAAAAACCCCUUUUUUUAAAUACCCUUUCCUACUCUCUUUAACCACAAAAACCAUAAUUUGUUAGCUUUUCCUUAAUUUUUCAAUUUAUCGCGUAAAACAUACCUGAAUUUGUCGUUGUAAUAAGAAAUAGUAAGAAACACACACUCUAAAAUAACACAAACACACACACACUAGUAGAGUAGGAGGAAGGUUGCGACCGACAUGUGUAAAAAACUAACAAACUUUUUUCUCUCGAGCGCGCCACCCUUUCUGUAAUUUUUGAUUUCUUCGGCGAACCCAUCAUGAUCUGUAAGAAUUUCACCGUAAAAAAACGUUUUGCCAUCUUAGGGACUAUGAUUUGUACACGAUGAAACGGCGCGAUGAGCACACAAAAUUUACAAAAUAUACACAUGGACAAAAUCUUAACUUACUUUUCAAACAAAACCCUUUCAAUCCGUGGCAGAGAACACACAUUUAAAAGCAAGCAAGCAAAAAACUUACAAAAAAGUAAAAACAAACAGGUAAUGUGAGCAGGCGCAAGAACGCACGUGUUGGCACGUGUGCGCUCGCGCGCGCUGAAAUUUCAAUACUAAGGUAAAGAGAAGCAAAAGAAAACAAAAAAUAAAAUGAAAAAAAAAACUACAAAAAUACAUCUUUUUAACUAAUGUAUAGGUUAUUUUAUUAUUGUGUCGUGAAUGAGACAGAAAGAGAUGAUAAAAUAUAGAAAUAUGGACAAACACAAAGGA